AUGACUUCCCCCGAGGAACAGGCGUACCAUCUGCUGACCGAGUACUCAAAUGGGUUCAUGGUCUCCCAGGUUCUGUUUGCCGCCUGUGAGCUGGGCGUGUUUGACCUUCUGGCUGAGGCCCCAGAGCCCCUGGGUGCGGCGGCAGUGGCUGCACGGCUGGGCACCAGCUCCUGUGGGACAGAGCUCCUGCUGGACACCUGUGUGUCCCUGAAGCUGCUCCAGGUGCAAACAAGGAGGGGAAAAGCUUUGUACCAAAACACAGAGCUCUCCAGCACCUACCUGGUCAGGGCCAGUCUCAAGUGCCAGGCCAACAUGCUGCGGUACCUGGCCAGGACGACAUAUCUGUGCUGGGGCCACGUGGCCCAGGCCGUGAGGGACGGCAAGAACCAGUAUCAGGAGGCAUUUGGGGUUCCCUCUGACGAGCUGUUCACCGCCAUCUACAGAUCUGAGGGCGAGCGGCUGCAGGUGAUGCGAGGUCUGCAGGACGUCUGGAGCAUCAGCGGGAGGCAUGUGCUGGCCGCUUUUGACCUGUCCCCGUUCCCGCUCAUAUGCGACAUUGGUGGCUGUUCUGGGGCUCUGGCCAAGGAGUGCACCUCUCUGUACCCUGGGUGUCGGGUCACCGUGUUUGACAUCCCCGAGGUGGUACAGAUGGCCAAGAAGCACUUCUCAUUCCUGGAGGAAGCGCGGAUCAGCUUCUGUGAAGGGGAUUUCUUUAAAGACCCGCUUCCGGAGGCAGAUCUGUACAUCCUGGCGAGGGUCCUGCAUGACUGGACCGAUGCGCGGUGCUCACACCUGCUGGCAAGGAUCCAUCGUGCCUGCAAACCAGGUGGCGGCAUCCUGGUGAUUGAAAGCCUCCUGGAUGCAGAUGGGCGGGGCCCUCUGACCACGCAGCUGUACUCGCUGAACAUGCUGGUGCAGACGGAGGGCCGGGAGCGGACCCCCGCCCAGUACCUCGCGCUCCUGGCUCCUGCUGGCUUUCAGGACUUCCAGUGUCGGAGAACCGGGGGCAUUUACGAUGCCAUCCUAGCCAGGAGGUAG